UCUUUGAACCAGAAAAUUUCAAAGAACGUAUAAAUCAAAAUCAAUCAUCAAAAACUUAAAAGUAAACCGAGCAAACGGUUAGGAUUGUUUUGAUCUACAAAAUGUCGUGGCAAACAUAUGUUGAUGAUCAUCUUAUGUGCGAUGUCGGAGAUGGCCAUACUCUCACGGCCGCCGCCAUCAUCGGCCACGAUGGCAGCGUGUGGGCCCAGAGCGCCACCUUCCCACAGUUGAAACCAGAAGAGGUUACUGCAAUCAUGAAAGAUUUUGAUGAACCUGGAUCUCUUGCCCCAACUGGGUUGCACCUUGGUGGCACAAAGUACAUGGUGAUCCAAGGAGAGCCUGGAGCUGUGAUUCGUGGAAAGAAAGGUUCUGGUGGCGCCACUCUGAAGAAGACCGGGCAAGCUAUUGUUAUUGGCAUUUACGACGAGCCAUUGACCCCAGGACAGUGCAACAUGGUAGUAGAGAGGCUGGGUGAUUACCUCAUUGAUCAGGGCCUGUAGGGCUCAUAAUAGUGGAAUGGUUGUCAAAUGCUGAUUUCUGGUUUGGGCUUGCAGCUGGCCAUGAACUGGCAUUAAUGAUUUUGUUGGAAAAUAACGAUUGUGAGGACAGAAACAAUGAUUAUUUUUUUCUUUUCUUUUUUCCCCCAUGAUUGUAGGCUCAUGCUUUUGUCCUUUUGGUUCGUUCCAUCAUGUUAUCGUAAUUUUUGUGUAUUCAUACUUCUCUCCUGUUAUGCUUGAAUUAAGUUUGCAUACCUAAAGUUUGAUAUGUUUUGGAUUUAUUUAUAGUA